UAAUUUGAGACAUUAAUCAAUUGGGAUGAAAUCAAAUGAAACGAUAUGAUAUGGAAUGAAAUAUCGUCUCAGUAAAUUAGUAUUUAUUUAAAAAAGAAAUCGACGUUAGGGCUGUUUUACAAACACGUGGCGUUGUGACCUCCGCUCUAGAGGGGAACGGCGCCCCCACGAAGGAUUAAUUCGAGUGCGGAGGCUCUAAUUUCGGUAAUCCGUGCUGGAGGCGUGGUUUCGUCGAUUAGUUAACCCGUCCUACGUUUUCAAGACUGAUGAGGCGAUCCACCCUGUUCCUGCGGACUGGAGCCGCAACUGAGGACGUGACACCUUCCUGCUGACGCAAGUUCUCACCGGCUACGUUUGUUUCGAUUGGUACCUGCACCGUGUCGCCUGCAGAAAAUCGCCGGCGUAGUGCCACCACUGCUACGAUGAGGCGGACACCGCAGAGUACACCCUCGCGGUAACAGGAGAAGCACCUGUCGCUGCCGACCUUCGCUCGACUUCUGUGAGUCCACCAUCUCGCAAAAGAAGGCGGUGUAACGAAAGAGGGAGAGCUCUUCCGUCUCUACAUCGACCCGUUGUUGUCGAGCCGGGGAUCGGAGGACACAGUACGAACGUAUGUCCCAGCCCUUCUGCGAGAGUGCAAAAGAGUCGCUUAGUGGGUAUAGCCUUAAGCUCGAUUCCAUGGGUAAGCGGUCCGCUUUCAACAUCUACGGACCGUCCAGUCCCACAUUCCAAGCGCGCCCUGCUGGAACGUGGACCUCGUAGGAUGUUCGGCCAGUACAGUAAAAAAUAAAGAUUAAGAGAUAUGGGUGACGAACUGACCAAAGUACUCAAAAGUUACGCAAAUAAUGAAAUCGUUAAUAAAUCUUUAAGUACGGGGUUGGACAAUCUUUCGGUCACCCUGACGGCUUUAGAAGAAUAUCGAAAUUGUGAAGUACAACGGCUAGAAGCUAAGGUCAUAGGUGAACUGUCGCAAUAUGAUACUAUAUGUAAACAUGCCAGAGAAGAAGUAAAACACGCAAUGAAUGUUAGAGACAAAGAGCUUGCUCGUAAGAAAGUCUUGGAUAAAGCUAGGGAACGACAACCAUUUAAUAGACAGCAAGUGACUUACGCGGAAUCGGAGUUUAUGAAAACGUCAGCGGAAAUGUCACGGAGUGCCAAAAGCCUGAGUGAACAGACAGAGUUCUUUGAAAAACGUAAACUACAGCAACUAAAGAACUUACUGUCGGAUUUUGUUACGAUUGAAAUGGCAUUCCAUGCUAAGGCGGUGGAACUGCUCACCGUGGGCUAUCAACAAAUAGAUGAAAUUAAUGAUAAAGCAGAUUUAGAGAAUUUUAGAAGAAAACUGCGAUCUCCGGAGAAACAAGUCAGUACCGGUAUAUCAGCAAGAUCAUCAUCACUGGCAUCACUAAUGACGCAUUCACCAGUUAAUAACGAAGAUCCGGCGGCUGUGCGAAAAUUACGUACUCCAGAGAAAUCUGGUGUUACGCGGUCUAGUUCUUUAGCAGCGCUCAUGAACCAUUCGCCUAGUAAAGAUGAAGAUGAAACAACGGGAUCCAGUGAAUCUUGCAGUGAAGAAUCGUCUGAAGAAACAGAGUCGCGUUAAACGUUGCAGUGUUUAGUCCUUAACACGUUGAUUGUAGUUAUUAUUAAGUAAUACACGUUUUGAGACUGUGCAUCUUUAUUUGUCGAAUAAAACUAAUUCAUUGCAACAUAAAGAAA